CGUUUUUUUACUCAACAACAUGAAUGGAUAGAUGUAGAUAAAAAUAACAUAGGUACAGUUGGCAUCUCACAAUAUGCUCAGGAUAAACUAGGUGAAGUAGUAUAUGUACAGUUACCUGAAACCGGUACGGAAAUAGAAGCCAAUGGUGAAGCAGGUUGUUUAGAGAGUGUAAAAGCUGCCAGUGAGAUUUAUAGCCCUGUAUCUGGUACAAUAACAGAUUGUAACCAAAUGUUAGCAGAUACACCAAAUCUCAUUAAUGAUUCACCAUAUGAAAAAGGAUGGUUAUUUAAGGUGAAACUCUCUCAGCCUGAUCAGUUACAGGAACUACUAGAUGAAGAUGGUUAUAAUAAGUUCUUGGAAUCUCAUGACUGA